AAAGAAACAAUUUUACUGAUAAUAAACAGCUGCGAGCUCCCAUUAUUAAAACCAUAUGGCAAAAUCUGCUUAUAAAGUAAAGUCUAGAAACUCUAUAUCUUUAGUAAGUUUCGAAAUGUUUAAUAAAUAUUUUGGUAUUGUAGUGUUUACCAUUUUUAUGAUGGCUUCAGCGAACUACUUUUCAGACGUCUUUAAGUGCAAUGAUUUUCUACUAAAAUGCCAAGAAUCUGAAACAAAAGUUGGAAAAUAUAAUGCCACUACCAAUUCUUUUAAUAAAAAUUGUAGUCUGGAAAUUGGUUCCAAGUGGAGUAACCUCACUCGCUGUGAAUUACAAGCUGCCAUUUGUUUGUUAGGCCAGAUGAAUCGCUUGGAUGUAAACUGUGAAAAUAUCGCGGAUGUAAUGCAGUUGUAAAAAUAUUUUGUUUCAUAUUUCCAAAAAGAUUAAAACUAUGCUUUUGAUUAAUUUGCAUAAUUUUUACCCUCGCUAGAUCAAUGCAACCCCUUAUAUCCUUCUCAAGUGGAAUAUUUUCUUUACCUUCAGGGCUUCUGGUGUUUCUUUAUUUAUUUACACAUAGAUCUCCCUCAACAUGAGGAAGUAUUUAUGAGCCAAUCAUUUUUAAUUAUCAUCAAGCGACAACAAAGCUGAAUAAACUUUUGCUGAAAAAUCUAA